GAAAUGAUUUCACAUGACUCCACACCUUUUCUGCACGGAAGAAUAAUUUAGUUUUGUUUUUAUUCUUCUUGUCGAAGUCUUACUCUUUAAAGGGUUAGUUAGUGAGCUUUCUACUGAUCCCAAUGGCCCAGCAGACCUCAUAUUCCUAUAACUAUCAGUAUAGCUGGCAGACUACUCCAGGCGGACCAGGAGCCCCCGGCGGCCCACCACCAGGUCCACCACAAGAGACUGCCGCCCCACAAGCGUAUCACGAAGAGACGAGGACUACUAACGAGGACGGGUCUAAUACUACAACAGUCACUGGAGGAUUCAGUGCAGCUACUACAACAGAGACCGGCCCGACUGAGUCUGAGGGUCAGUCGUCACCUAGCGGGAGCAUUGGUGCUGGGUUUGAUCAUACUUAUCUUAGAAGCAUAGAAGGGAUUCUUAGACUAAUAUCUAUUCCUUUAGCAGCCAUAUUCUUCAUCAUCAAUGCUGCCGAUUACCGUACAGGAGGUGAAUGGUUCAACAUUAUGGUCGCCAUUGGCUGGAUUGUGUAUGCCAUCAUUGUCAUUGUCAUUGAAGUCUUUAUAUUGAACUUCUAUGUACACAGACUUUUGGAUGGAAUUGUCUGUUUGGUGUAUGUUGCAUUGUGGUCUCUAGCUGUACUAAUAUGUAUCAUUGAUGCUGCAAGAUUUGAUGCUGUCGGUAUUGGGAUCUCUGUGAUAUUUGGAGUAGCAGUGGCUAUACUGGUCGGGGUGAAUGCAUUCUUUGCUUUGAGAACAUGGAAAACAUACGAAAAUGGAAGAAAAGGAUCCGUUGCUAUUUUUAUCAUUUGAAGAACAUAACUAUAAUUAUUUACCAAGUGUUGUCAGCUGAACUUUAUAGACGCUCUAAUUUUUGUCAUGCAGUUGCUAUUGAUUAACAUAGUCCAGUAGCUAGUU